AUGGAUCCCACGGCCAUUGUGGACGUGUUCGUCCGCGUGACGGGCGGCGAGGUCGGCGCGGCCUCGUCGCUGGCGCCUAAGAUCGGUCCGCUGGGUCUGUCGCCCAAGAAGAUAGGAGAAGAUAUCGCCAAGGAGACGGCCAAGGAGUGGAAGGGGCUGCGCGUUACCGUCAAGCUGACCGUGCAGAACCGACAGGCUAAGGUGUCCGUCGUUCCUAGCGCCGCGGCUCUGGUCAUUAAGGCUCUUAAGGAGCCGGAGCGCGACCGGAAGAAGACGAAGAACAUCAAGCACAACGGUAACAUCUCCAUGGAUGACGUCAUCGAGGUCGCGCGCGUGAUGCGGCCACGAUCCAUCGCGAAGGAGCUUACCGGCACGGUGAAGGAGAUUCUUGGGACACCGUCAGGCCUCCUGUCACACCCGUUCAUCCGCUCAUCCGCUCGCCCACAUGCCUUCCUCCUGCCGGCCUCCCUGGAACCUUUGCUGAUUCUCCUCCUCCGCCCCCUUUCACAUUCCCACCGCCGUCCCGUCUUCCUCCGUCCCAUUCGUUCCUCUUCCGUAUCUCCCCGCUUCUCGUCUCUCUCCCUCGUCUGUCCUGCUGCUAUCCAUCCCGCAUUUUUCCCGUUCGUCUCGCUGCCUGCCCUACUCCUUGCCGCACCGCUCUCCGCAUUUUCGUACGCCCGCUUUUCCUUGCUGAAGCACGUCCGCCCUCCCCCUUCAACCACCCAUUGUCUUGGCGUUUUCUCUGCCUCCCUCGUCCACCAUCCGCCUGCUCGCUGCUCUGUCGCCCCUACACUGUCUCCUUCCCUGUUAUCCACCAGCAUUUCCUCAUUCUCUCACUCUCCCUCUUUCCCUGCAACCCAUCACGGCACACUCUCGUCUUGCCUCUGUCUCUCCCUUCCCGUGCCACACCAUACUCUUCCGCUCUUCUCCUCGCCUCAUUCGUGCCCUCUACAUUACAGUAUCACUCGUCAAGUCCAGUACAAUCUUCCGUUCGCCCCUCUUCAAUUGGUCGUCGCCAUUGCGCGAUCCCCCAACGCCGCCAUGCACGCCGUUAGCUCCCUCGCCGUGCUCCCCGCUUCGCGCUUCGCGUUGUCGCCAUGCCGCGGCGGCGCAUCACUGCACGUCGCGCAAAGUCGCCUGGAUGCGUGCAGCGGGCCGGUCCCCGCCAGCCGUGCGCGCUGCAUGGGGGGCGACGCGCAGAGCGGCGGUGGCGGGUUCAGCGGCGCUGAGUCGAGCGCCAAGGCAGUGGCGGGCGCGCGCACGGCGCGGGGGAGCGGCGGCGCGCAGGUGAUGGAGCUGCGCGUGGACGAGAUCCGACGGCCGUUGAUGCGCACGCGAUCCAACGACCAGGAGAAAGUGGCGGCGCUGAUGGCGAGCAUUCAGGAGAUCGGGCUGCAAGAACCGAUUGAUGUGCUGGAAGUGGAAGGUCUAUACUAUGGCUUCUCGGGGUGUCACCGCUAUGAGGCACACCAGCGCCUGGGACUGCCCACCAUCAAGUGCCGCGUGCGACGAGCCAGCAGGGACGUGCUCAGAAUGCAUAUGAGGUGA